AUGAAAAGAAAGCUUUCAGCUUCCGAAGGUACUGCUCCUAUCAACAACUCCGAAGAAAUGAAAAAGCAAAAGAAAACAACUGCUUCUACAUCACCAUUGAAAAGAACUCCCGAGGAGGAAAAGGCUCAUCAGGAAUAUUUGGAAAAACUCAAUAUUAUGGAUCAUUUGAAUGCCGAGUACAGCUCUCCAGAAGGCAUCCAAAAGUGUAAGCAAGCCUUCAAAGAGAAUAAGCCAUUCCCUCAUUUGAACUUGAAGAACUUUUUCAAUAGCGUUGAAUUUAUGAAAGAUGUAAAACAAGAAACUCUCUCGCUUAAAUAUUGGGAAAAGAAUAAUGACUUGUAUCAUUUCUAUCAGACAAAAGAUCUUCAAAAGAAUGCAAUUGUUGAACAAAAUGAACACAUUCGUAAAUUGAGAGAUGUUCUCUACAGUCCAAGUUUUAGAGGAUGGCUUGAGGAAGUGUGCUCUUUGAAGGAACGCGGAAUUGUAUUGAAUCCAACAAUUGAUAUGUUUGUGUCGUGUUAUAGAGAUACUCAUCAUCUAUUGUGCCACGAUGAUGAAUUGGAAAAGAGAAGAAUUGCCUAUAUUAUAUAUUUGGUUCCUGAAAAUUGGAGUGAGGCUGAUGGAGGUCAUUUGGAUCUCUAUAAUUGCGAUCCUAAUCAAAUGGAUCAGCCAGUGAGUAUUGGUGGCUCUAUUCUUCCAUCGUUCAAUUCAAUCUCCUUCUUUGAGGUUUCUACAAUUUCCUAUCACAGAGUCCGUGAAGUAUUGAGAAGUGUGGAUCUUGAAGAGGAUCGUAUUGCUAUUACUGGAUGGCUUUAUAGUGACACUCUUGUCGAGAGACCCGAUUAUACCAUCGAAGAUAUUGCCCCAUUGAAAUAUGAAGCUCCAACUACGGUUGCCGAAGAUCUUGCCUCUAAGCCAGCACAUAUGGAUUUAGCUUACUGGCUUUCUGAGCCCUAUUUGAAGGACAAUAUUAGAGAGGCAGUCAAUAAGCAAUUUUGUGACGAGUCAUCUAUUGAGCUCAGAAAGUUUUUGAGUGAGGAAAAAUUCAACAAACUCUAUGAGGAAAUUAAGGCAUUACAAAAUGAUCAACAUUUUGAGUUGACUAUUCCUGCAAAUAGAAGACACUUUUUGAGAUUGAAAAAGGAUACUCUCGACAGUAAUUCUCUGUUGGCCAAGUUCUAUGAAUUUGUCUCUUCUCAAAUCUUCACCUCAUACAUGAGUGAAUUAACAUCCUUGCCAAUUAAGAAUAUUAAUUUACAGGCAAGAAAGUUCAGGAAUGGUGACUAUGCUCUCGUUCAAAACACACCAACCAAUGAGGUUCGUCUCGAUGUUUUGAUUCGAUUAUGCCCAGAUCAUUGGGACUUUGAAUAUGGAGGUGGUGUCACUUACAUGGACGAGGAAGAGGAGUUGUUAGCUAUUUUACCUGAACCAAACACAAUUUCCAUUGUUUUACGUGAUGAGGGUGUUCAAACCUUUGUGAAAUUUUUGACACAUCAUGCUCCAGGUGAUGUGUAUGACUUCUUACUGACUUGUGAAACUGAGAUUCCAGUGGCAAGUGAGGGUGAUGAGGGCUCAUGGGAAGAUGCUGAUGACGAUGCCGAAGGUGAGAAUGAGGAAGAGAACGAGGAAACUGUUGACUAA